GUAGGAAGUAUAAUUUUAUGAAUUUACAGCCUGCAUUUAGUACAGUGAGCGGCAGAUUAAUCAUUUAUACGUUAGAAUAUUAUAAAUUUCUUACCAUGCAUUAAAAAGUAAAAUGAGAAAGGGAAACUUUGAGCAGUAAUGGGAAUAUUCUCUUUGAACUUCUAUGUAUUGAAAAUGAAGUAAAAAUGGGACAGUGUAAGAGUGCUGUUAAGAAUGAAGUUGAUCCUGAUAAGGAAGGGAAGUGUAAACGAUUGUACAGAAAUAAAGGUGGGGUAUUAAGUGCAACCUUUCAUGUUUAUGAUAAUGACAUAUAUUGGGACUUGAUUAACAUAAACACUGCCACUGAGGAGGAAUUAAUGACACUUCAAGGCUUCAAUCGCAACAUUGCUCAUAACAUUAUAGAAUAUCGUCAAGCUAUUGGUGGUUUCAGGAAGGUAGAAGACUUGGCUCUUGUAUCUGGAGUUGGAGCAAGUAAAUUGGAGCAUGUUCGCUCUGAAAUCUGUGUAAGUUCUCGUCGGGGAGGUCUUAAAGGAGGAAGUCAGGCAUCAUCAGGAAAUAUUUCAUUGGAAUCUGUUGCUGUAUCAGAAAAUAACCAUCAUAAUUUUCGGAGUUCACCAGUAAAGAUGAUUAAUGUUAAUACAGCUAAUAUGUUUGAGUUGAUGUCUGCAAGAGGUGUGAGUCAAGAGGUAGCAGCCAAUAUUAUCCUCCAUCGGGAGAGAAAAGGACCAUUCCAUUCAGUGGAUGACCUAUUAAAAGUUAAAGGGGUUAAUUUCCAAAAACUUUCCUGUAUUAGAUUUUUUCUCACUGUUAACCCCCCAUUAAAUGGAGAUAAUAUGCCCUUACUUAUGGAAACACCACGAAACUAUAGAAAAAAAACAAAGAGAAUUAGUAACCACAGGAGGACAUUGUCAGCACCAUGUAAAUAUGAUAUAGAUAGAAUUAGACAUUUAGAUGAAAGAAGUAAAAAUUUGUACUGUUUCCUGUCUGAUCAUUGCAAUCGACCAAUCAUAGAAGAAAAAUUUAAUUAUUCAAGGAAUGGAAAGUUAGCUCUACGUAUUGCUGUGUGGAACAUAGAAGGUUUGACUUUAGAAAAAGUUUGCAACCCUGGUGUACAAGAAGUAAUUUGUAGAACAAUAUUAGAAAAUAGCUUAAGUUUAGUUGCCUUUCAAGAUGUGUCCUCAGAGGCUGCUCUCACUUUGUUGGCAACUGAGUUGAAUAAUCCCCAGCAGAAACAAGUCUGUAACUGGGUGGGUGAACGAGGAAAAUGGAGCAGUGCCUUACCUAAAAUCCCCAUGAGAACAAGUUCCUGCGGGUUUUUGUUUGACACAAGCCACAGUGUUGAACUUCAAGAUGCACAUUUGUGGAUUUUACCAGAAGACGGUGCUGGACAUAUAAAUCUUCCUACUUUGUGUGUAGGAGAUUUCAAGGUGGAUGGGAUGAACCUCACAAUUGUUAAUCAUCACCUGAAAGAAAACAGUAUUAAUGGCAAAGUAGGAGAAAGGUUAACUGAAGUAAUGGAGUGUUUGCCUAAACAUUUAAGGGAUGAAAAACAUGUCAUCAUAGUUGGAGACUUUUAUCUUCCUCCUACUGAUCCUGCGUUAGAAGCCUUAACCAGUCAUGGCUUUAGUCACCUGGUGCCAGCUAGCACAGUUACUAAUUUAAAAACAAAAGAGCAGGAUACUCAUUUCUGGGCAAGUUGUGAAUUUGAAAGAACGUUUACAGGACAUUGGGGUGUUGUUCAUGAAGGCUUGAACCACCCUGCCAUACCAGAUGGAUGGAUGUUGGGUGGGCCUGUGAGUUGGCAUUGUCCAUUGUGGGUAGAGAUGUAUGUCCAGAAGGUUGUAGAUGAUAAGAAUACACAGAUGCUCAGUGAUCAGUUGGAAGUUUAUUCAUCAGAAGAAAAAGAAAAGGAGAUUGGCCACUCUUCAGUAGUGAAUGAUGAAAGAAAAAAGAAAUAUUCAUCUCGAAAAUCUAAAAGUUUUAUGGGUUAUUUUCAAAGGCCCAAACUUCAUUACAAAAGCACCAUUUUAGCAAGAUCCAGAAGCAUAAGUGGAAAAUUAUUCUAAUUGUUACAAACUUUGAAAUGCCUUAUGGGUGAGAAUAUCUCAGCUGUUAGAAUAAUUUUUAUGCAAAACUCAUUAGCCAUAGGUUGUCAAGCUAUAAGAAAUUAUAAUAACACUUCUAUCAUUCAAAUAUAUCAGGGGUAUUUAUCUAUUAACUUUGAAAUAUUUACUCAUAGUUGGUGUGAACUUAUUUUUCUUCAAGCCUAUCUAGACCAGAAAGAGAUGUUUUCAGGUGUCAAGUGCUCACUUGCAUAUUAGAUUUCAAAAUUUAAUUAAGAAUAAUAAUAAGUGUAUUUCAACGCUUUUUAACUCAAAAGAUAGUUUAGAAUUGAUAUUUUGUAACAUAUAUUUAGGGUAAUGUGGAAAGAAAAACUAAAAAAUGUUCAAACUCUCAUUUUUUUUCAGCUCAGAAGUUUUGCUCAUGAACAACACAUUUAUCAAUUUCUUUACCCAUCCUAAAGAUAGUUUUAUAAUUGUUAAGAAACUAUCAUACUAUGUCUUGUUUUUCACUGAUUGCAUCUGUACAUUAAUGGUUUUAUUACUACAGCAAUUUGUUGACACUCUUUUAUGAUGUCAUAGAAUGUCUGAAUAACUUCUAAUGAAACUCAGCUUUGAAAAUAGUUGUAGCCAACAUUUAAGUAUGAUUGGAUAGAACGUAUUAUAAACUAGUUAUGUCAGUGUAGAGUAAAUGAAAUGGUGUGAGCAGUAAAACAUUGUUUAUCAAGAUAAUGAUUAGUCAGAACUCCUGUAGGGCUUUAGAAAUUUUCUUCCAUAACAAGUCAUCAGGUAAGCUAAUCAGAUUUAGCUAAUAUGGUAGGUGUUGAAAAAAUAUUCUGAUGAUCAAAUCCAUAUUUAUUGAAUAGUAUUGUUGAGUUUAUCAUAUUCAAACAAUGCACACAAAUAACAAACUAUAUUUAUUUGGUAUAAAUUAAUCUUGAUUAAGAAUGCUGCUUGCAAAAAUCGUGAUACCUAGCCUGACAAAGGUAAUAGUGAUGCAAUUUUGAAAGUUGAGGUUCUAGGUUGCCAAUAAACCUUUUGUCAGUUUUAGCUAUGUUUCUUUGUGAAUCAUAGCCAGAAGUAGUUACUAUUAUAAUCACAAAAAUAAAGCGUCAAAAAAAGUAUGAAUAUGAGUCAAGUUGAAAUAUCUAAAGUGGAACUUUUUUGAUCAACAAUAAAGAUAAAUUCUAAGAUAAAAGAAAGUUUUUGGAAACUUAUCAAUCUAAGAAAUUAUAGAAACACUAAAUGAUGAAUAUUAUUUAGUAAGUUUGUACUAAGUUUCAUACAAUUUGGAUAAGUACUUCUACACCUUCUAUGGCCCAGAAAGGAAUAAUUUCAAACUGAAUAUCUAUAGUAAAUAUGUGCUACAUUAUAGUACUUAAAUUUAUUGAAGGUGGCUCCUCUGUGUCUUAAUAAAUUUAAUUAGUGAUUUUUACCUGAAGGUAUUCAUAUAGUAGAAAAAGAAGUAGGUAUUGAAAUUUCAAAUUUAUAGUAUUUGUAACUAUAUUUAUAUUAUUUGUUAGAUGUAUAGUUAAAAAUGUUUUAAAUUGUUUACAAAAUGAGCUUAGGUAUAAUUGUUGUUGUUGUUGUUGACUAAAUGUAUAUUACUGAAAUUACUUCUUGGAAGAUUGACAAGAAGUAAUUAUAAUGUGUAGCUUAAUUGCAUUUUGAUUAGAAUUUCUUUGUAAAUAAGAAUUUUGCUGAUAUAUAUUGUUGAAUGUUGUGUAAGAUAUACAGAUUUAUUAUAGAUUAUGAAAGUAGAGUAUAUUGAAAGAUCUAAACAAAAAAAACCCUGAUUUUUAUAUCACUUACCCUACAUAAUGUUGUUGUUGUUAUUAUGCUUGAAAGAUGUAAUUUUGGUGCUUUUUUUGUUGGGAAGAAUAUUAGUCACCAGUAUACCUGUAUUUAGAUUCAGUCUUAAUAUUUAAUAAACAAACACAUAACCACUUUUCUUUGUGCACUUUGCCCUCUAGUUAUUGUAAUUAUGUUUAAUUUAAACUCUUGUGUUUUCCAAUUAUAUGAAAGUCUUUCAUAAUUUCUAGUAUUUUUAGUGGUUAUGUUAAUUUUGUAAUGGUAACUUGUUUAGUUGCAAUUUUGUCAUAGCUUGUUAUUUCUCUUAUUUGUCAAAUUAACCCUUUUAAGUCUAAUUAUACAUGUCUUUCACUGAAAUCUUACUAUCUUGAAAAGUCAUGUUAUGUUAAACCAUUUGUAAGUUGUGUAUGCAUUAUUUCAGCUACUGCCAUCACUUUAUUUCCUAAAAUAUUUCAGGUUUAGUUAGUGCACUCUUUAUUUUUUUAUUUCAAGUAGUUAAAAUAAUACAUUGUUUA